AUGCAAAAUGUACUUCCCAUAUUGAGGAGGAACAAAAAAGUGAUCAGUAAGACUGUACAUUCUGGGCGUCAUUUUCUUACCUACUUGGGAAAAAGGCUGCUCAUCGAAGGUGUAGUGCAGACAUGUAGGGCGAAUCGCAGCCUGGGCCCAGCCCAAGUGGUAGUGGCCCAUUUGGGAGGCAGAAUGAACGGCGUCACGUAUAAAGAGAAGAAUAAAUGUAUUUCCCCAUUCAGCACUCCGAGGGAGUACCACCAUACCAGUAGGGGUGGUAUGCAAAAAAUGUGGCUGCAGGAAUGUCAAACACAUAUGAAUUUUGAACAAAUCACACGCAUUUUGAAAUCCCUUGGGAGGGAAAAACCAACUUGGGAAGAAAAAAAAAACACAGAAAAGAAAGUCAGUUUACUACUACCACAUAUAUAUAAAGAAUGUGAAAGAAACUACAUCCACUUUUCUUGCAUUUUACACAACCUACACAAAUUGAGAGAUCAUUUCACCAAGGAGUAUAAGGAAGAAGUGUACACAAAAAUGGAAGACUUAUUCCUUCGCAACGUUAGUGUCUUUACCAUUAAAGAAAUGACGAUCAUAUUAAAAUGUUUGGUGGAAGAAAGAAAAGGCAAGUGCGAUAAAAUGGUACAGUUCUGUGCGUAUAAAUUUAUCCAAGUCUUAUGUAUGGAUAUUUUAUACAAAAUGAGAAAGGAUCCUUCCUUCAAUUUGAGCUUCCUCUCCGUCCUUUGCACACAUUUUAAGGGGUGCAUAGAGAAUUAUUUUUUUUCCAACGUGGGGAAUACAAACAGGGAGGAGGAAAUGGACCGUUUUUACCACACCGUGCAUAGGUUGGGCAGCACCAGUGAUCAGGCACUUUUUGCAAAUUGCCUACUAAAAGGAUAUCCCAGAUAUGGAUACAACCUUUUCAACCUGCACGACGUGUCUGCUUUUAUGUUUUUUUUGACCAGAUGCAAAUCGGCUUGUUGUCCCAUGUACACUUUCCUAUCGCAUGUGUAUGUAUCGAUCAGCUUCCUGGGGGACGUAGCCCAUCCUAUUCAUGGGAACCUAGAACGUCACUUUUUGAAGUUCGAAAGAGGUGCGAAGUUUUGCUUUUCCGGGGGGAGUCGCACAGGGCGGAUUGCUCCCUCGGAGGAGCACAUGGAAGAGAUGGACGAGAUGAUAGUCGACGAGAAUGCGCAUGAACGUCACGAUAGUGUGGCAUAUGUGCAGAAAGACCUCGCGUCAAUAUCAAAAGGAGAAAUAAUGCAAUGCGUCUCACAUUUAUUGCAGAGUGAUAUCGGCUUCAACUAUAGUGCUACUUCACCUGUGCACAAGAAGAGGGAUAAAGAAAGUGCGGUCAUGCGGGAGAACGUCCACAGCAUGGCCGUCAUCAUCCAUAGUAGUCUCAAAGCAAAGGAGCGAAACGUAUUCACAUACAUCUUAGCAAAUUAUCUGUUACUAAAAUGUACACAUUUUUUAAAUUUAAUCGACAUUUGCAACAUUUUCGAAUUGUUCAUUUUGCACAGAACAACUGUUGCAGGGGUGGAUGUGUAUGAGGCCGUUUUUGCAAAGAUCCGUCGGUUAAUUAUGACUCAGGCGAACAGCAAGACGAUGGCAAUAUUUUGCAUCAGCAGCGCGAGGUUGAAGGGAGAACUGCGUGGAUCCUUCGUGGAUAACAUCCUGGCAUUGUACCGAAUCGUUUUGCAGAAGGGAAGGGGAUUAUCUGCGGAAUACACCAACAACAAUCGGAGAAAUUACAAAAAUUUGCCAUUCCCUUUUGGAAAAGAAAACACUGUGAUUUUUUCCAAUGUGAGUAAUUUUUUGUCCAGCCAUAAAAUCAGUUCUCUGUUUUAUUUACUCUACUUGAGCAAGUUUAAUGGCUUUAUAAAUGCCUUGCUUGUUCAUAAAAAAAAGGGUCAUUGUUCUGCCUCCCUCAUAAGCGUAAUUGAUAUGUACGAUUUGCUCAAAAUAUUUAUCACCCUUUUUAAAAUGUACGCACAAAAUGGUCUUUACGAUGGAAAACGAAGAGCAGAAAUUUCAAAACAUUUAGACAAGUCCUCUGAAUAUUUGCUGCAAUUUUUGGAAGAUAUUUGCUUCGAAAAAAUAAUUCCUGUGCAGGGGAAUUUUUCGAAGGAAGAGCAACCUGCGUAUGCCGAGGCGGAUCGUCUGAAGGGAAUAAAAAUUUUGAAUAGGUCAUGUUAUUUUUUCACAUUGUUACUCCCCAUGAUUAAAAAAUUGCAAAUGGGGAACAUCAUUAAUGACAGGACUGGACAGUCACUAACCCGACUUUUCACGUCUUUUAAAAGCAGCAUAAGUAAAAUUUACCAAGACGAACUUUUUAGCGGCAACUGCAAGAACGACCAAAGUAGCAAAUGUUAUGUGCACAUUUGGAACUUUUUUUUUAUGUUGAAUGAUGCGCGUGGUGGGGGAUGA